AUGGACACUGUCCUGAGUCCUGUGGUGGCUCAGGGUGCCCUCGGCUCACGGGAGGAGCCCGAGUUUGUGACCGCUCGCGCUGGCGAGAGCGUGAUCCUGGGAUGCGACGUGAUCCACCCGCUCACGGGGCAGCCCCCUCCCUAUGUCGUGGAGUGGUUCAAGUUCGGCGUCCCCAUCCCCAUCUUCAUCAAGUUUGGGUUUUACCCUCCCCAUGUCGACCCAGAGUAUGCCGGCCGGGCCAGCCUGCACGACAAAGCCUCCCUGCGCAUUGAGCAGGUGCGCUCCGAGGACCAGGGCUGGUACGAGUGCAAAGUGCUCAUGCUGGACCAGCAGUACGACACCUUCCACAACGGCAGCUGGGUCCACCUCACGGUCAAUGCUCCUCCAACCUUCACGGAGACACCGCCGCAGUACGUAGAGGCCAAGGAGGGCAGCAGUGUCACCUUGACCUGCAUGGCGUUCGGCAACCCCAAGCCCAUCGUCACCUGGCUGAAAGAGGGAGAUCUUUUGGGUGCCAAUGGCAAGUACCAGGUGAGCGACGGGAGCCUUACGGUGCUCUCCGUCCCGCGCAGCCGCGAGGACAGAGGUGCCUACCCCUGCCGCGCGUACAGCAUCCAGGGGGAGGCUGUGCACACCACGCGCCUCCUCGUUCAAGGACCUCCUUUUAUUGUUUCCCCUCCGGAGAACAUCACAGUCAACAUCUCCCAGGAUGCACUCUUCACCUGCCAGGCCGAGGCGUACCCUGGGAACCUCACCUACCUGUGGUACUGGGAGGAGGAGAAUGUCUACUUCAAGAAUGACCUGAAGUUGAGGGUGCGGAUCCUGAUCGAUGGGACGCUGAUCAUUUUCCGUGUCAAGCCAGAGGAUGCUGGAAAAUACACCUGUAUCCCCAGCAACAGCCUGGGCCGCUCACCAUCAGCCUCUGCCUACCUGACAGUGCAGUAUCCUGCCCGGGUGGUGAACAUGCCCCCCAUCAUCUACGUUCCCAUCGGGAUACACGGAUACAUCCGCUGCCCGGUCGAGGCAGAGCCCCCGGUCACGCUGGUCAAGUGGAACAAAGACGGACGUCCCCUGCGAAUCGAGAAGUAUGCUGGCUGGAACCUGCUGGAAGACGGGUCGAUCCGGAUAGAGGAGGCAACUGAAGAUGCUCUCGGCACUUACACCUGUGUGCCUUAUAACGCCCUGGGUACGAUGGGCCAGUCUCCCCCUGCCCGACUGGUACUGAAGGACCCCCCCUAUUUCACGGUGCUACCAGGCUGGGAGUACAGACAGGAGGCAGGGAGGGAGCUGUUGAUUCCUUGCGCUGCUGCCGGAGACCCCUUUCCCAUCAUCGCCUGGAGAAAGGUACCCGGCCUGCCAGACAAAUCUGCAGUGCCUUUGGCUUUUGGUGAAUAUUGCAGACAGAGAAGCCACACUCUGUCCCG